AUGUUCUCAGCGCUUCCCCAAUCGUUUUUCUCCUAUUUUUGCUAUUCCAUUUGUGGACUCGGAAUAUUUUUCAAUGCUAUUUUAUUGUUUUUAUCAACUCAUAAAAGCAUCGAAACCAUUCGAGAACUUCGAUAUUUUCUCUCGAAUAUUGCUGCGAGUGGUUUGUUGUUCAGCGCAUGUAUCGGAGCACUUCAACCACAAUUUGUGACUCGAGCAACAAUGACAAUUCGAGUUAUUCAUGGUCCCGCUCAACAUUUGUCAGAUCCAACAAUUGUGAGUAUCAGAAUUACUUUUGAAGGAGAUACCACAGUUUCCUUCUCGAACUUCAAUAAUAUUUUCCAGCAACUAAUGGCUGCAAGUACAAUUGCAAUAUAUCUUUACGCAGUGCUCUCAUUUCCUCUUUUCUUUGUUUACCGAUCUAUAAUUCUAUCGAACAAUGCUAUGUUUAGUCAACUUUUCACCAAAAGAAAUCUUCUUAUCACAUUUGUGAUUACAUUUUUGUUUUGUUGUGCGGAAGGUGGAGUUUUCUACAAGGCUUGUAUUGAUUAUGACGUGAGUGCUAUUUUUCUAUGAAAAAAAAAAUGAAAAAACAUGAUUUUCAGACUCUAUUUGAUCGUUUGAAUCGAACAACUGAUAUUAUUGAACAAUUCGAAAACAAUACUAUAUUUUUGAAUCAACAAAUUCGAAAUAUGGAUCAUGGAAAUGGUGUGAUAACUUUAGGAACAACACAAUCUCCAUUGAACAAUACGCAUGCAAAUAAUGAUUCUCCCGAAGAAACGUUUUUGAAAGUACAAAAAUAAACCUCAUACAAUAGAAAUUACAGAAUCUAAAAUUUUCAGCAACAUCGUCUCGCUUUGAUUGGAGAUGACUAUCGUAAAAAUCAACUGAUCAUUGUUUUUCACGCAAUCUUCGUUUCUGCACAUGUGUUUUCUUAUGUCAUAGUUUUGCUGUCUGCACAUAUUAUGCUCAAUAUUUUGAAACGAAAACAAGGUUCAAUGUCAAAUGACACUUUUUUGGAAAAUGAGUUGUUGGUUCACGCAGUUUUUGCUGAAGCUUUCGUUCCACUUUUAUUAUCUGCUCCAGUUGCUGCAAAUAGUGUUUUGGUGACAGUCUUUGAAAAUAGUUUGUUAGUUCAUUAGAGGAGACCUUUUAUGAAAAUUGAUUUUUUUUUUCAGAAAAUGGCAAGAGUUUCUCUCGAUGUAUUUUAUUGGUUUGGUUCCAGUUAUUUCUCCAUUGUGUUCUAUGCUUUUUAUUGGUCCAUAUCGUCGUGCAAUCGUUGGAAUAUUUCAGAAAAAUAAAUCAAAUAAUAAAUCUGACAAUAAUGAAUAA